AAAAAAACCUUGUAAAACCCCUCUCAGUCUCACCAUCAUCAUCCACUGAUCCACAAUCUCAAAAUUCACUACGACGAAGAAGAAGAUGCGAUCUUCGUUUAUAGUCUCGAAUCCUCCGUUUCUUCCUUCUCUAAUCCCUCGUCACAGUUCCAGAAACUCCUUUAGACGUAGCAGAGAACGACGCUUCUCCUCCUUUGCUGAGUCUCUUCGUGUUUCUCUUCAUGGAAUCGGAAGAAACAUCCAGGUCGUCGCUCAAGGAGUUCAAUUCGAUGGUCCGAUUAUGAGUAGAGAUGAUGCUUUAGAGGUUAAUUUGGAUGAUGAUUUAAUGGUUCAAGUGUGUGUGACUCGUACCUUGUCUCCAGCUUUGACUCUUGAGCUUGGACUCGAGAGUCUCAAAGAAGCUGUGGACGAAUUGAAGACUAAUCCUCCUAAGUCAUCUUGUGGCGUCUUGCGAUUUCAAGUGGCUGUGCCUCCAAGGGCAAAAGCUUUGUUCUGGUUUUGCUCUCAACCAACAUCUUCCAGUGUGUUUCCUGUUUUUUUCCUCUCCAAGGAAACCGNCGGAUAUGGUACAUCUGAUGGUAAACUUAAACUGACAUAUAAUCUCGUUUAA